GGGAAUGCUACUACUGCAUUUCUUAUUUUUUGUUUUGUUUUGUUUUUUGGUAAAUUAAAUAAAUGAUUACUCCCAUAAGGUGGCAUUGAAUUUGGUAAGGAUCACAUUAUGACAUGUGUAGCACUUGAAACUCAAAGUUAAGAACUUGGGACUUGACAUUAGACUUGUCAGUCUUGACAUGGGACUUGACUUUGGACAUCCAUCCAUCCAUCCAUCCAUCCAGUCUAACCUAUAUAUAAUGUGUGUGCACUACAACGCCUCCCCCUGACUCCAUGGGCUUUUAUUUUGAAGGUUACACACCGGAAGCAGUAUCUAAUGAUCUGCUCUGUGUGAACUUGACGCUUCUGCUUGUCAGUCCGAAAACGAGCGAGCAAACAUCACAGUGAUGAGACUGGUCGGUCAGGGAGGGUCUCCAUUACCCAUCUCAAGUCCGCUUUACUGACCAGCUGAGUCCGUCUGUCUGCUCACCUGCCUGUCAGCCUGUCUAUCUGUCCGCCUGCCUGUCUGUGGGUGGAGGGACUCCGCUGCAGCUGGAGGAUGCUCUCCUCCUGCCGGGAUUCAGGACUUUCCUCUCCCGUCAUCCGGUCGGGAUGCUGCGGUGUGAACCCGGGGCUUCUCCCCUCCUCUGCCCGCUGAAGUUGGAUCAUCUGCGGGGAUUAAACACUUGUUUUCAUCGCUCCUUCCUCCUCUGUCUCUUCGGCUCUCUCCGGAACUGCCCGAACAUUUCACAGCUGAAAUAAUCCGCUUCUUUUAUUUUUUGAGAUUGUGGAUUAUCACACACCCUGUCCUCCUGUCUCUGGUGGAUUUUACUCACGCACAGAUUUGUGAAUGGGGCUGUGAGCCGCCGCCGCCGCACCUUUUCCUCCUGCGCGUUACUCGGCGGAGGGAUGCUGUGAGCGCACGGGGGGAUGCAGGAGAACAAAACACCCGUGCUGUAGUAACCAUGGCUGGUACCGAGGUCGAGGAUUAGUGUGAGGAGGGAUUAUAUUUUCCAGGAGCAGAAUCCUGCAUCAGUUGUGUGUGUUCAUUUGCUGUUUUUAGUCUCUUUGUGUUUGUUGGACAGAACUUUCCAGACGCGUCAGGAUCAUUUCUCCAUCUCUGACUCUUUUAUUUCCAGUUGGAAAAGUCAAAUAAAACCAUCUGCACGGUAGCUGCAGGUGGAGGGACCCGGAGAAUAGGCUGAGGCAAUAAUUAUGAAUGAGGCUCAGAGCGCGCUCCUUUACAUCUAAGGAGAAACCCUAUUAUAGCUUUUUUUUUUUUUUUUUUUUUUUAAAGUUCGUCUGAUAUCUUAAUGGACGCUAUUAAGAACCACAAAGCAUAACGGGGGCGUUAUAAACUCCCUGUUUAUAAUUUACAGUGCAAUAAAGACACGACUGGUCCCUGUAGGAACAUUAAAGGAAAUUACACUCAAACCACAGGAGAUAAAAAUACUGUUAAGUGCACCCGAAAGUCUCUGCAGGACCAUAACAGGGACUCCAUCCAGCAGCAACCCUGGGGAUGAAGAUGAUGAUAAAGAUGAUGAUGAUGAUGGCUGGUGGAAAGUAAAGAGCUCUGAGCCGCCUGUUACUCUGAGACAUCUGAUUCACCUGCUGCUGGAUGCUUAACACUACAGAGAUAUGAUCAGGGAUGGAAAAUGACCCGAUCUUAAACCAGAAGAAGCAGUAAGAGUGAACCAGCAGCACCAGCAGCAGCAGCAGCAGCACCGGCAGCAGCAGCGGCAGCGGCGGACACGGUGUCCCGUCAGAUGUGUGAGCAUGUCGGACCGGAGCGCCCCGGGCUGCCGGCUCAGACUGGACUGGGUCUACGGGUACCGGGGCCACCAGUGCCGGAAUAACCUGUACUACACCGCCGGGAAGGAGGUGGUGUACUUCGUGGCCGGGGUCGGCGUGGUUUACAACACCAGAGAGCACAGCCAGAGGUUUUACCUGGGACACAACGAUGACAUCAUCAGCCUGGCGUUGCAUCCGGAGCGCUCCCUGGUGGCGACGGGUCAGGUGGGGAAGGAUCCUUACGUGUGUGUGUGGGACUCCUUCACCGUCCAGACCGUCUCUCUGCUCCGCGACGGACACACACACGGCAUCGCCUGCCUCGCAUUCAGCGCUGAUGGACAGCGGUUGGUCUCAGUCGGCCUGGAUGCCAAGAACACAGUGUGUAUCUGGGAGUGGAAGAGAGGGAAGAUCCUGGCUACAGCCACCGGACACUCUGACAGGAUUUUCGACGUCAGCUGGGAUCCGUUUCAACAGAACCGUCUGGUGAGCUGUGGAGUCAAACACAUCAAGUUCUGGUCUCUGUGUGGUAACGCUCUCACUCCAAAGAGGGGGAUUUUCGGGAAGACGGGCGACCUGCAGACCAUCCUUUGUGUCGCAUCGGCCAAAGAUGACAUCACAUACUCCGGGGCGCUAAACGGGGACAUUUAUGUCUGGAAGCUACUCAACCUGAUACGAACAGUUCAGGCUGCACACGGGGCUGGUAUCUUCAGCAUGUACUCCUGUGAGGAGGGUUUUGCCACAGGAGGCAGAGACGGCUGCAUCCGACUGUGGGACGCCGACUUCAAACCCAUCACCAAGAUUGACCUGCGAGAGGCCGAGCAGGGAUACAAAGGUCUAUCUAUUCGUAGCGUCUGCUGGCGAGCCGACCGGAUCCUGGCGGGAACGCAGGAUAGCGAGAUAUUUGAGGUGAUGGUGAGGGAUCGGGACAAGCCGCUGCUGAUCAUGCAGGGACACAGCGAGGGCGAGCUCUGGGCGCUGGACGUUCACCCCAAAAAACCUCUGGCUGUCACCGGCAGCGACGACCGCUCCGUCAGGUUAUGGAGUCUGGUGGAUCACGCCCUCAUCGCUCGCUGUAAUAUGGAGGAGGCGGUGCGGAGCGUGGCGUUCAGCGUGGAUGGAUACCAGCUGGCUCUGGGCAUGAAGGACGGAUCCUUCACUGUGCUGAGAGUCAGAGACAUGACGGAGGUCGUUCACAUCAAAGACAGGAAGGAGGUGAUCCAUGAAAUGAAGUUCUCUCCAGAUGGAGCAUACCUCGCUGUCGGCUCCAACGACGGGCUCGUGGACAUCUACGCUGUCGCCCAGAGAUACAAGAAGGUAGGAGAAUGCAGUAAAUCCACCAGUUUCAUCACUCACCUGGACUGGUCUGCAGACAGCAAAAUCCUGCAGAGCAACGACGGCGCUGGAGAACGCCUCUUCUACCGAAUGCCAAUGGGGAAGCCGAUCGUCAGUAAGGAGGAGGUGAAGGGUCAGUGCUGGGCAUCCUGGAGUGGCGUCUUAGGCUCAGAGGUCAGUGGCAUCUGGCCUAAAUACUCUAAUCUAACCGACAUCAACGCUGUGGAUGCCAACCACGCUGCUGCCGUGCUGGUUACCGGAGACGACCUUGGUCUUGUUAAACUCUACCGCUUCCCCUGUCUGAGGAAAGGAGCCAAAUACAAGAAGUACAUUGGUCACUCGGCCCAUGUGACCAAUGUCCGCUGGUCACAUGACCUGCAGUGGGUGCUGACCACAGGUGGGGCUGACCACGCCCUCUUCCAGUGGAGGUUUCUACCAGAGUCGGUCAUGAAUGGAGGACUGGAUACCAACAUACAAGACAGUCAUGGGGACUCAAACAGUGAGGAGUCAGACAGCGACGUGUCGGAUGUCCCGGAGCUCGACUCCGACAUUGAGCAGGAAACACAGAUCAACUACGACAGACAGGUGUAUAAGGAGGACCUGCCUCAGUUGCGACAGCAGAGCAGAGAGAAGAAACAGCAGGUUGGAUCUCUGAAGAGACAAAAAGGACCAGAUCAAGGCCUCCGGCUGCAGUUUGUGCAUGGGUACCGUGGUUACGACUGCAGGAACAACCUGUUCUACACACAGAGCGGGGAGGUGUUGUACCACGUGGCGGCAGUGGGCGUGGUCUACAACCGGCAGCUGCACAGCCAGCGCUUCUACCUUGGCCAUGACGACGACAUACUGAGCCUCAGCAUCCACCCGCUGAAGGACUAUGCUGCUUCAGGACAGGUGGGGAGGGACCCAGCCAUCCAUGUGUGGGACAUCCAGACUCUUAAGUGUUUGUCUUUGCUGAGAGGUUUCCAUCAGAGGGGAGUGUGUGCUCUGGACUUCUCAGCUGAUGGGAAGAGUCUGGUGUCAGUGGGAGUCGACGACGGACAUUCAAUUGUAGUCUGGGACUGGAAGAGAGGAGAGAAACUCGCUACUGCCAGGGGUCAUAAGGAGAAGAUAUUUGUGGUGAAGUGUAACCCCAUGCUGAUGGACAAACUGGUCACUGUGGGAAUCAAGCACAUCCAGUUCUGGCAGCAUGCAGGUGGCGGUCUGACCUUCAGGCGUGGUGUGUUCAGGAGCAUCGGCCGGCCUGAGACCAUGAUGUCGGUGUGUUACGGCCGCAGCGAGGCGCUGGUGUUCUCCGGAGCCGCCACCGGAGACGUCUACAUCUGGAAGGAAGUGCUGCUGCUGAAAACAGUCAAAGCCCACGAUGGACCGGUGUUCGCCAUGUUCUCCCUCGACAAGGGCUUUGUGACGGGCGGGAAGGACGGCGUUGUGGAGCUGUGGGACGACAUGUUCGACCGCUGUCUGAAGACUUACGCCAUCAAGAGAGCAGCGCUGUCCCCGGGCUCUAAAGGCCUGCUGCUGGAGGACAACCCGUCCAUCAGGGCCAUCACUCUGGGUCACGGUCACAUCCUGGUGGGAACCAAAAACGGAGAAGUUCUGGAGAUCGACAAGACCGGACCCAUGACGCUGCUGGUGCAGGGUCACAUGGAGGGUGAGGUCUGGGGUCUGGCCCCUCACCCCCUCCUCCCCGUCUGCGCCACCGUCAGUGAUGAUAAAACCCUGCGACUGUGGGAGACGUCAGCCAAUCACCGCAUGGUGGCCGUCCGCAAGCUGAAGAGAGGCGGUCGCUGCUGUGCCUUCUCCCCUGAUGGGAAGGCGUUGGCGGUCGGUCUGAGCGAUGGCGGCGUGCUGGUGGUGAACGCAGACACACUGGAGGAUCUGCUGAGCUUCCACCAUCGCCGCGAUGCCAUCUCUGACGUGCGCUUCACACCAGACUCAGGUAAAUUCCUGGCGGUGGCGUCCCAUGACAGCUUCGUGGACAUCUACAACGUGCUGACCAGUAAGAGAGUGGGGAUCUGUAAAGGAGCGUCCAGUUACAUCACACACAUCGACUGGGACGUUCGAGGUAAACUGCUGCAGGUGAACACAGGAGCCAAAGAGCAACUUUUCUUCGAAGCUCCGAGAGGAAGAAGACAAACCAUCAGGAACUCUGAGCUGGAGCGGGUGGAGUGGUCCACCUGGACGUGUGUUCUGGGUUCGAGCUGUGACGGGAUCUGGCCGACACACAGCGACAUCACCGACAUCAAUGCCGCGUCGCUCACCAGAGACCGAACGCUGCUCGCCACCGGAGACGACUUCGGCUUCCUCAAACUGUUCAGCUACCCUGUUCGAGGUCAGUAUGCUCGUUUUAAGCGUUACGUGGGCCACAGCGCCCAGGUGACCAACGUCCGCUGGGCUCAGGAUGACUCCACCCUGCUGACGGUAGGCGGGGCCGACACCGCCCUGAUGAUCUGGGCGAGGGAGCGUGGAGGAGGGGUCAGUGGAGAGGGGGAGGGGCCUCUGUGUCGCGACAACCGACCGCCUGUCGACAGCGAGGAGUCAGACGAUGACAUUGAGGAGGAUGGAGGCUACGACAGUGACGUUGCCCGGGAGAAGACGGUGGAUUACGUCACCAAGAUGUACGCUGUCAGUAUCAGAGAGAUGAGAGGAACCAAACCUCACCAACAACUGAAGGAGGUUUCUGCAGAGGAGAGGCAGGGCAUUGUCAAGCCUCCAGUGAGUCGAGCAGCGCCGCAGCCAGAGAAACUCCAGAAGAACAACGUCUCCAAGAAGAAGAGGGUGGUGGAGGACCUGGUUUUGGAUCACGUGUUUGGUUUUCGGGGCUACGAUUGUCGCAACAACCUGCACUACCUCAACGACGGCACCGACAUCGUUUACCACACUGCAGCCACCGCCAUCGUCCACAGUCUCACCACUGGAACCCAGAGCUUCUACCUGGAACACACUGACGACAUCCUUUCUCUGACCGUCAACCAGCACCCGAAAUACAAAAAUGUCAUUGCCACUGGACAGAUCGGUGACGUCAGUGAACUGCCAGGCACCACUCCCUCCAUCCACGUGUGGGACGCCAUGAGUAAACAGACUCUGUCCAUCCUUCGCUGUCCUCACACUAAGGGCGUCGGCUACGUUAACUUCAGCGCCACGGGGAAGCUGCUGCUGUCUGUCGGAGUGGAACCUGAACACACCAUCAGUGUGUGGCGCUGGCAGGAAGGAUCCAAGGUGUGCAGUAAAGCCGGACACCCGGACCGGAUCUUCGUGGUGGAGUUCCGGCCGGACUCGGACUCCCAGUUUGUGUCGGUAGGAAUUAAACAUGUGAAGUUCUGGACGCUGGCCGGCGGCGCUCUGAUGUACAAGAAGGGCGUGGUGGGGACGGUGGAAGACGGCAGGAUGCAGACGAUGCUGUCUGUCGCCUUCGGUGCUAAUAACUUGACGUUCACCGGAGCCAUUAACGGGGACGUGUACGUGUGGCGGGAUCACUACCUGCUGAGGGUGGUGGCGAAGGCUCACACCGGGCCGGUCUUCACCAUGUACACCACGCUGAGAGACGGACUCAUCGUCACCGGCGGCAAGGAGAGACCGACUAAGGAGGGCGGUGCGGUGAAGCUCUGGGAUCAGGAGAUGAAACGCUGUCGAGCCUUCCAGCUGGAGACGGGGCAGCAGGUGGAGUGUGUCCGAUCCGUCUGCAGAGGCAAGGGUAAGAUCCUGGUGGGGACGAAGGACGGGGAGAUCAUCGAGGUCGGGGAGAAAAAUGCGGCGUCCAACCUGCUGCUGGACAGCCACGCUCGGGGAGGGAUCUGGGGUCUGGCCGCUCAUCCUGUGAAAGAGCUCUGCAUCACCGCCAGCGACGACGCCACCAUCAGGCUGUGGGACCUCGCUGACAAGAAACUGCUGAACAAGGUGUGUGUCGGCCACGCAGCCCGGUGUGUGAGCUACAGUGCAGACGGAGAGAUGUUGGCGGUGGGGAUGAAGAACGGCGAGUUCCUCCUCCUCCUCGCCAACUCACUGAAGAUGUGGGCGAAGAAGCGAGACCGCAGCGUCGCCAUCCAGGACAUCAGGUUCAGUCCGGACCGGCGGCUGUUGGCGGUCGGUUCGGUGGAGAACACGGUGGAUGUUUACGAUGUCAGCGGAGGACCAAGUCUGAACCGCCUGGUUUACUGCAGUGACAUCUCUGCUUUCAUCCUGCAGCUCGACUUCUCUGCUGACAGCUGUUAUAUACAGGUGUCCACAGGAGCUUACAAGCGGCAGGUGUUUGAGGUUCCUUCAGGGAAGUUGGUGAGCGACCAGACCAUUAUUGAUAGAAUCACCUGGGCUACCUGGACCAGCAUUCUGGGCGAUGAAGUUUUGGGGAUUUGGCCACGAAAUGCAGACAAAGCGGAAGUCAACUGUGCGUGUGUGUCCCACGCUGGCCUUAACAUCGUCACCGGUGAUGACUUUGGAUUGGUGAAACUGUUCGACUUCCCCUGCACAGAGAAGUUUGUGAGUCACCAACAUUUACAUUUGAGGUUGAAACAGGAGGAAAGUUUAGUAUGAUUAGUGUCAGCAAGUAUAAAAACAUCACAGCACCCUUUGUAUGAGAAUAAAAAAGAUCAGAUAUUUAUUUAUUUGUUAUUGAAGAGAAAUGUGAGUAUUCUUUUUUGUUUGCAGGCCAAACACAAGCGCUACCUCGGCCACUCGGCUCAUGUGACCAACAUCCGCUUCUCCCAGGAAGACAAAUAUGUGA